AUGCAUGUCGAUACCGAUGGGGCGCCAAAUAUGCUCUCAACUUUGACAAGUGCUGAGCGACCGGGUAAAACGCUGCGCGAAGAUCAUAUCAGCACGGACUAUGCCCUCUCUCUCCAUGAUGCGCAGUCCUUCAACUUGAACAACUUAUGCUUACAAAUGAUCGACCUUCUCGGGCAGGCUGGGCACUAUUGCAACAAUGGGCUGCCGACAACCAGUAUGUUCAAAUUUCGCGACAGUCCGCAGGUUUCGCAGGCCGCUCGUGGCCUUUAUUUCACGAGUAUUCGUGAAAUUCGCCGUAUUACAGUUCACCACAUAGUAUUUUUCCCUGUUUCAGUUCCCCUCGUGGUUAUCCUCUCCGAUGCAUCGUGGGGCAAGUCCAGACACUUAAGAACGAGCGAUCCGCUUCUCCAGGCUCACUCAAGGUUUUCUCAAAAGGCAUCAAACGCAUGUAUCGGGAAACGGACUUCCGAAUCUCUCGCAUAUACUUCCAGGCUAAAAGGCUCCAUGCUGAUCCAGAGUUCUAACGCUACGCACGGACAGCUCGAACCAUGCGUCAGAACCAGUCAACUUCUUAUCGGAAAGCAGAACUUGGGGGCUUCCGCUCCACACCGAACACUUUCUUGGUUUCGACCUGACCUAGAAUUUACGUCUUCGGAAUGGGUUGAGACAAUUGAAGAUACGAACUCAGACCAACGGUGGCUGAACACUGGUACUCCUCACACCGCGAUUCGAGAAGACAAGCGCCCUGAGGCUUGGGCGAGCCCAAUUGCUCAGGCGAACGGCCACCUCGUCGAGCUAACCACAUGUCGAACAUGGUCGAAUCGAAUUAACUACCGACUACCGCCCUCCGCACAAAUCAACGUUAAGCGCUCAUCUGGAGGCCAUUGCGCACACAAAGUCCGUCUGAUCCUUCUCGCUUACCCAACCAAUCUCUUUCUCUCCGCUCCCUUCCUCUUCCCAUCCUUCAACCAGCUAAUUCUCAGGAGUGGCUUCCAUGGACAGCUCUUCGCUUUCCUUUCCCCUGAUUUAGCACACCUUCUCGAUCCUCCCCUUAGUUUGUCGAUGCCACUCCCGAUGAACUUCGACACGCACACAUGCAAAGCCACUCCACUCUCCACACGUUAUCGUCGAGCCGAGGCUGUGAUCAUUCUGCGUCGCAUUUAUGCGACAGGAGCCUGUGUCGUUGCAUUGGGGAGACGCAGAACGUAA